AUGGGCAAUACGGAUUUUCUAAGUCGUUGUCCACUGUCAGCAGCAUCGGACCCUGUUAGCAUCGACGAUGUGCUUAUGAUCGAAUUAGCAGCAACGCCAAUCGUAAGUGAUGAGUCGAUUGCAGCUCAAACAUCGAAGGACCCCUUAUUGGCGAAGGUAUCAAACUGGGUGUUAAGGGGAUGGCCCGACAUGAAAUUGGAGCAGUCAGAUAAUGCUUAUCCAUACUUUUGCCGUCGGGAACAGCUCUCUACAAAUAGAGGAGUCUUGAUUUGGGGAAAUCGCGCCGUAGUUCCACCAAAAUCCAGAGAAACAAUUGUAGCUGCUCUACAUGCCGCUCAUCCAGGCAUUGUAAAAAUUAAGGCGUUAGCGCGUAGCUAUGUUUGGUGGCCAAACAUUGACGCAGAGAUUGAGCUCAUUGUUAAGAAAUGUAUUCCAUGCAAGCAGAAUCGUAACUAUCAUUCAGAGGCACCGGUGCAUCAUUGGGAGUCAGCCAAGCGGCCGUGGUCCCGUGUACACAUCGACUUUACGGGACCUUUUCAAGGAAAAACCUUUUUUCUGGUCGUCGAUUUUUACUCAAAAUGGCUAGAGGUUGCGGUUGUUAGCUCCACUUCUACAGCUGCUACAAUCAAAGUUCUCAGGCAACUCUUCGCUACGCAUGGGUUACCAGAUCAGUUAGUGUCAGACAAUGGCACAGCAUUUACCUCCGAGGAGUUCAAGUCAUUCCUCCACAACAAUCUAAUUCGACACAUUAGAUCGGCACUGUUUCAACCAACAACAAACGGCCAAGCAGAGCGAAUGGUGCAGACCACCAAAAACUACCUUAAAGUCCUACUUUGA